AUGCUUGAUGAAAAAGAAAGUUUACGACCAUAUCCAAUUGAUCCCAUACAAGAUCGAGUUGUUCGUAAAAUUUUACGUAUCAAAGAAAAAGGUCCUGUAUCAAGAACAAUAGGAUUUUUUUCCAAUAUAUCUCAACGUGUAACAUAUCCUAUUAGUGAAUAUAUCAAAGAAAAAUCGAAGGGAAAAAUUUUUGAAAAAAAAGAAGCAAAUGAAAUUAUUUUUCCACUUGUUUGUACACCGAUUGAUGCAAUAGAUUCAAAAUUUUUCUAUGCAAUUCGAGAUGGAAAAAUAUGGUUUAAACCAAUUGCUGCUCAUCAAGAUUGUCGAUGGAGAUUAUUAGGUAAAAAUGGUUAUGCUAAUAAGAAAACAACUCCAUUAAUAUCUGUAAGUGCUGAUGGUAAUAAUAUUAUUGUUGUUGAUCAAAAUCGAGUUAUUCAUUAUGCAAAAACGAAUCGAAUUAUUUGUAAAGUUUCAUUUAUUCGUCCACAAUGGGGCAUCAUUCAAUUAAGAAUUAGUUGGAGAGAAAAAUGGUUUGGUAUGGAAGGUGUUUCUUUAAUUGUAAAUCUUUUUAAAGAUCCCGUUUUACACAUGCCUCCAAAUGCAAGGAGUAUAGCUGUAUCUCAUAAAGGUCCUGAUACAAUGUAUUAUACUGAUAUGAAUGGAAAAAAACAUCCAGAUCCAUAUGUUGGUGUAACAAGUAUCUAUACACUCAAUGAUGAUGGCACAAGAAUUUUUUUUGCUGAUCCAUGGUUACAUAAUCAAUUUCAAAAUGAAUUAACUGGUCCUGAAGAGGGUCAAUUUAAAGCUGAAACAUUAGCUGCAAGUGGUUCAACUGUAAUGCUUUUUCAAAGAGCACGUAAUGAAUUUGGUCAAGAAAUUAAUAAAAUCUAUACACGUUUUGCAGAUUUUGAUAGUAUUGGAGCAAAUCCAGCAUUACGAGCAACAUAUAAUAAAAACAAUAAAAUACCAAUGAUACGUUAUAUACCAUCUGAAGAUUGGAUUCGACAACCGAGUAUAAUUCUUGAUGGACGAGCUCGUUUAACAAGAAAUAUAGCUGUACUUCAAAUUGGAUGGGGACAAAAUAAUCGACAAUUACGUGUUCAAGGUCAAGAUAUAAAUGGUCGAAAUGGUUAUUAUUUUAAAAAUACCUAUGAUAUGAUAUGGACAUUUGAAAUAACAAAUAACAUCCUUAUUGAAGAAGAAGAAUUUUUAUCUAAUUCUAUUCCGCAUAUAGGAUUUGAACAAGGUCCUCAAAUAAUUGAAAAUUACACAAAUGGUAUAUUAAAAUCUCGUACUAAGAACAAAUUAUUAGAAAUUACUUUAGAAAAUUUUUCUAGAAGAGGUCUUAAUGAAAGAGGUUUACAUACAAAAUUAGUUCUUACAUUGGAAAAUGGUUUUCAAUUAUCUUUACCACUCUAUGCUAGACGAGGAUGGAAAAGUUUAAUAGGUAUUUCAGGUGAUAAUAUUUGGAAAUUAAUAAUUCCAAACGAAUAUUAUGAUGAAGAAGAUGAACAAAUACGAGAAAUCUUACAUCGAAUCUUUAAAAAUAAACGAAGACAUCCAGUAAAUGUGUACGAAAGAGCUGAUGAAAUUCGUAUAACUAAUGUAUUUAGCAAUUUUAACAAAUUCGAAUUCACUUUCAGCAAUAAACUUCAUUGA